AUGGUUGCCCUCGUUCAGCGCCCAGCGCCCGCUUUCAAGGCUGAAGCAGUCGCUAAAGGCACCUUCUUGGACAUUUCUUCGAGUGACUUCCUUGGCCAGUGGGUUGUCCUCCUAUUCUAUCCUAUGGACUUCACCUUCGUCUGCCCUACGGAGAUCCUUGCGUUCAACGACGCCUUGCCCCGCUUCAAAGAGCUGAAUACAACGGUCUUCGGCGUUUCAACCGACUCCAAGUUCUCCCACUUGGCGUGGGCUAACCAGCCACGCAAAGAAGGUGGUCUUGGUCCUGAUUUGAAGCUUCCCCUCUUGGCGGACAGGUCCAUGCGAAUCUCCCGUGACUACGGCGUACUUCUUGAGGACGAGGGUAUUGCUCUGCGUGGCCUAUUCAUUAUUGAUCCCAAGGGUAUUCUGAGGCAAAUCACUGUCAAUGACCUUCCUGUAGGCCGUUCGGUCGAAGAAACCAUUCGUCUAAUUCAAGCCUUCCAAUUCACGGACGCCUAUGGCGAGGUUUGCCCCGCGAACUGGACUGAAGGUUCCAAGACCAUCAAAGCUGACCCUGUUGCCAAAUUAGAAUACUUCACUGCCGUGACCGAUGGUCAGUCCAAUAACCAUGUUAAUGGUGAGGCGAAUGGCUCUGUCAAGAAGCGCGCCCGCGUCGACUGAGAAGCCAGCCGACGUUGGUAUUUUUUCUUCCUCAUGAGGAACUCAUCUAGAUUUCAAACCCCCCAAUUCCUAAGUAUUUUCACAUUUAGAGCUGAGCUUGUGCAUAUUUACCACUGCAUUAUCUGUCACCCCCCAUUUGUACAUACUCCACAUAAAUUAGAAGAUUGUCC